CUCAACACGUAGGCUAUUUUCCCACAGCGCUGCCUCAGAUCAGCUCAGUUCUCACGGUCAGCGACAGUGUAUAUUAGCUACAAUGAGCAAGAAGCAGCAAACGUCCUUAGAAAGUUUCUUUGGUUUGGGUAAGGGUGAAAAGAGGUCCAGCAUCGAUGACAAUAAUGAUCCCGGAAGCAACCCAAAGAAAAAGAAGGGAUCUUUCAAUAGGAGAUAUGAUGAUUCCUACCUAAAAUUCGGCUUUACACAGACCGGUGACUCGCAUGCUCCUAAUCCGUUGUGUGUGGUGUGCGGGGACAAGCUGUCGAAUGAGUCUAUGAAGCCAUCAAAGCUCAUUCGACACCUUGAAACUAAACACCCCACACUUAAAAAUAAACCUCUUGAAUUCUUUGAGCGCAAAAAGCAAGAGCAAGAUUCACAAAAACUCAUGCUAAAGACAACUACUUCUGUGAACGUGGCUUUGCUAAGAGCCUCGUACAGAGUGGCGUGUCAAAUAGCUAAGUCAAAGAAACCAUUCACUAUUGGAGAAGAGCUAAUUCUGCCUUCUGCCCAAGACAUGUGCAACGAAGUGCUUGGGGAGGCAGCAGCCAAAAAGAUAGGCUCGGUACCUCUUUCUGCCAGUACUGUGCAGAGGCGCAUUAAUGAUAUAGCGGAGGAUAUUGAGGCGCAGUUGUUGCAGAGGCUAAAAGGGUCGCCGUGGUUUGCAAUUCAGGUAGAUGAGUCCACUGAUGUGGAAAACAGGGCAAUACUUCUCGUUUUCGUGCGGUACAUUUUUGAGGAGGAUGUUGAGGAGGAUCUGUUGUGUGUGCUCUCCCUUCCAACAAACACCACAGGUGCAGAGUUGUUUCGGGCGUUGGAUGGUUACGUGUCAGGGAAAUUAGACUGGUCCUUCUGCAUCGGUGUAUGUACUGAUGGGGCUGCGGCGAUGACUGGGCGGCUGUCUGGUUUCACUGCGAGGCUGAGCGAGGUUGCACCUGACUGCGAACACACUGUCAUUCACAGAGAAAUGCUGGCCAGCCGUAAAUUGUCACCGGAGUUGAAUGCUGUAUUGAACGAUGUCGUUAAAAUGGUCAACUUCAUCAAAGCACACGCACUCAACACCCGGUUGUUUGAGCAGCUCUGCGAAGAAAUGAAUGCAGAGCACAAACGCCUUCUCUUGCACGCAGAGGUCAGGUGGCUGUCGAGGGGGAAGUCACUGGCCAGAGUGUUCGAGUUGAGAGAGCCUCUGCAGGCAUUUCUGGCAGGAAAACAGUCUGAUCUGGCUGCGCAUUUCAGUGAUGAACACUGGGUGUCAAAACUCGCCUACCUCUGUGACAUUUUUGCUUUGCUUAAUGAGCUCAACCUGACACUUCAGGGGAGAAUGACGACUGUCUUUAAAGUAGCAGACAAAGUCGCUGCAUUUAAAGCAAAGCUGGAUCAGUGGGGGCGUCGCGUAGACAAGGGUGUAUUUGACAUGUUUCAUUUAUUAGUGGGGCUACUGGGGGAAACGGAGCCAGCGCCAGCUCUAUCACAGUUGGUUCGUGACCAUCUCGUUGGGCUGUCGAAAGAAUUCGACCGCUACUUCCCAGCCUCCCGAGAUCCGCGUGAUAAGAAUGAAUGGAUCCGCAAUCCAUUUGCAAGAAUUCCUGACCACCUGUCCGUUCAGGAGGAAGCGCAGCUGAUCGAGCUGGCAAAUGACGGUGGUCUUAAGACUAAAUUUGACCAAACAAACUCUCUGCCUGCGUUCUGGGUAAACGCCAAACGGGAAUAUCCGGAAAUAGCCGUAAAAGCGCUCAAAACGUUGCUGCCCUUCCCAACUACUUAUCUUUGCGAGGCCGGGUUUUCCGCAAUGACAGUGACCAAAACAAAACUGAGAAACCGAUUGGAUAUUUCAAAUACAUUAAGAGUGUCACUGUCCAACAUCACCCCCAGAUGGGACAUUCUAGCUGCAGGGAAACAAGCACAGGGCUCACAUUAA